AUGCUUGGAGGCCGCUUUAAACGAGGCUUGGUUUCCGUGCCAGCGACUCGCUCACGGGAGAGCGGAGUGGUCUGGUGCUGCCUGCUCCUCGCGCUGGGCGCCCUGUGCCCCGGAGGCUCACCGUGCGGCAUUUCGACCCACAUAGAAAUAGGACACAGAGCUCUCGAGUUUCUCCACCUUCAGGAGGGAAGCGUCAACUAUAGACAGCUGCUGCUCGAGCACCGGGACGCGUACCAGGCCGGGGCCGUGUUUCCCGACGCCUUCUACCCGGGCAUCUGCCAGAGAGAGAUUAGUAUUACACAUGUCCCCCUCCCCCCACUGACCCCCUUGAGUUCACGCUUAUUAAAACGCCCCACGGGGUGUCGUGGAAGAGCCCAGGCUCAAGGCCGGUGUGUUUGUGAGCAGGACACGGAGAAGCUGGUGGCCUUCCUGUUCGGCGUCACGUCCCACAUGGUGGCCGACGUCAGCUGGCACAGCCUGGGCAUCGAGCAGGGCUUCCUGAGGACCAUGGCCGCCAUGGACUUUCACGGCUCCUACUCCGAGGCGCAUCCGGCUGGAGAUUUUGGCGGAGACGUGCUGAGCCAGUUCGAGUUCAACUUUAAUUACCUCGCGCGGCACUGGUACGUGCCCGUCGAGGACCUGCUGGGCAUCUACAGGAAGCUCUACGGCAAGGACGUCAUCACCAAGCACGUCAUCGUCGAGUGCUCCUACCUUCAGUUCUUGGAGAUGUACGGCGAGGUGCUGGCCGUCUCCAAGCUCUACCCCACCUACUCCCGGAAGUCCCCGUUCCUGGUGGAGCAGUUCCAGGACUACUUCCUCGGGGGCCUGGACGACAUGGCCUUCUGGUCCACCAACAUCUACCGCCUCACCAGCCACAUGCUGGCCCACGGGACCCGGGACUGCAGCCUGCCCGAGAACCCGCUGUUCAUCGCCUGCGGCGGCCAGCGGACCGGCCCCCAGGGCUCCCAAGUGCAGAAAAGCGACGCCCACAGAAACCUGACUGCCUCCCUCACCAAGGACGCCGGGAAGAACGUAAACUACACGGCGAGGGGCGCCGUCUUCAGCGUGGAUUCCUGGACCUCGGACUCGAUGUCCUUCAUGUACCAGACCCUGGAGAGGAACCUGCGGACGCUCUUCACGGGCAGCUCCCAGCGGCCUCGGAAGCACAUGUCCAGCCCCCUGGCGUCGUACUUCCUGUCCUGUCCCUACGCGAGGCUGGGCUGGUGGGUGCGCGUGUGUCUGGCUCCGUGUGUGUGCCUGUCCCUGUCGUUUGACCGAUGGAGUGAGUGGCCCCUAUUGUCCGUCCAUUCGUCGUCAUCAGCGUUACCUUGGUUACGUGGUUGUAACGCUAAGAUGUCUCCUUCACGCCGGUCAGGACGCAUGUACCAACCUCGCGGAGUUGCCCCACCUGCAGGGCUGGAGCGCAUGGGGUUCUGUCGGGGUCCCUGUGCGCGGGGACAGGCGGUCACAGGUUUGGGGAGAGACGGCGUUAGAUGGAGAAGCGCAGACAGUGGUGUGGUGACGGGAACAGUGUACCCCGCAGCCGCCCCCUUACAGGCGCUCUGGGGAGGGUACGCGGUGCCCCCGAGGACAGGGAGCCUGGCCUCUGGGCCCAGAAGCCUGGGCUGCCUGUCUUGCGCAGACAAGCUGAAUGUGGAGGCUGCCGACUGGCGGGUGAGGGGCGAGGAGGACUACGCGUGGCUGGGCUACUCGCUCCACGCCGUCCCCCUGGACAACAGGACGCUGCUGCUGGCGGGGAGCCCCACCUGGAAGAACAGCAGCGGUCUGGGCCGCUUGUUCCACUCGCGGGACGAGAAGCAGAGCCUGGGCCGGGUGGACGGCUACUUCCCGCCAGGCCGCCAGAGCGCGUUCUCCAUCUCUGGGGACAAGGCCAUGGGGAAGCUGGGCGCAGGAGCCGAGCCGAGCCGGGCCAGGAGUCCACUCGGCGCUUGACGCCCUGAGAGCCCGGCCCUGACGGUGUGGUUCGUUCCAGACGACGUGUCGAAGAUGGCCUUCCUGACCAUGACCCUGCACCAGGGCGGGGCCACCCCCAUGUCCCAGCUGAGCCCGGCCGCCCGGCCCGCCCUGCUCAGCACCUUCAGCGGGGACCGCCGCUUCUCCCGCUUCGGGGGCGUCCUGCACCUGAGCGACCUGGACGGUGACGGCUUAGACGAGGUGCUCAUGGCCGCCCCCCUGAGGAUCGCGGACAUGACCUCGGGGCUCAUCGGGGGAGAGGACGGCCGCGUCUACGUCUACAACGGCAGGCGCACCUUCUCCGGCGACAUGACGGGCAAAUGCAAGUCCUGGACGUCCCCGUGUCCAGAGGAGAAGGCCCAGCACGUCCUGAUUUCCCCGGAAGCGAGCUCGCGGUUUGGGAGCGGCCUGGUCACCGUGCGGUCCAAGGACAAGAACCAGGUGGUUGUGGCCGCAGAAAGGAGCUCUCUGGGAGCCCGACUGGCCGGGGCGCUUCACGUCUACAGCCUGGGCUCAGACCGGAGCCCUGCCCGUGUGCCCGCCACCCCGCGGACACCGGGAGAACCUGCUGGAAGGAGGUGAGGCUCCUGGGAGUGGAGACACGCGCAGCCAGACCGUCUGGAAACGAAACAGCGUGUCCGACUGCGCCACAAGCUUGCGGCAUCGCGGGCACCGGCCGCUCUCCUGCCUAAGUUAACCCCUCAGACAGCACGUGGUCACCGGCGCGCGGGAAACUAACACCCGCGGCCGACGGAUUAAAUGCUCACGGCGUGAUUCUGAAUGGAAAUACCGUCUAGAGUUCUAGUCUCAUUAACACACAUCUGAACUUAUAAGUUUAACUCAAAAUUACCUUUAUUUCAAGAUCUCAGAACACAUUCCCAUAUAUUGGCAGUUGUUGGU